AGGUUGGGGUCGCUUGUAGAAGGAGCAAGGUGGAAAAAUUCCUUAUCAAGAAUCUCAAUGCCUUCCUGGAUCCUCCUCACAGCGGUGCUUCUGCUUGAAUCUCAAUCUGCUCUUGCCGACAUCGCCGAAUGCACGCACACAUUUCCGGAUGGGAACAAGUUUGAUCUGUCUCCCCUGAGGAGACCCAGAGGAGUCCGCGAUUGGUACGCAGAUGAUCGCAAUGGAAACAUGUACUAUUUCAAUGUCUGCGGGGACGCCAAUCAGGUUCCCGAGGCCUGCGUCUCCAUGCAGAAGGCCGUUCGCUCUCCUGUUUUCCAAGUCUCCAACGACAACAACUGCUUCUGGCUCGGGAAGCUCAAGGGAAUGGACUGGGAGCUCAUCGACGACAGCGAGCCAGCAGCGGGGAUCGAGCUCUACUACUUCGAUGGGGAGCGAUGUCAGAGCGGACGCUCCCGAGAUGUAAGGAUCCAGUUCUUCUGCGAUCCUGAUGCGGGAGUCGGGAAGCCGCUUGAUUUCUUCGUUCUCGAGGAGGACUGCCACUUCAGCAUCACUUGGCCAUCCAAGUAUGGCUGCCCCGUCUCGUCCGGCAGCUUCACUUCCUCCUGGUUCACGGUGUUUUUGAUCCUGUUCACCGUAUACACUGUUGCGGGAUGUGCGUACAAUGUCAAGUACAGAGGGACACAAAUUGGCAUCGAGUCCAUGCCAAACCUCAACUUCUGGAAGGAGGUUUUGUCUGGCCUUUACAACAUGUUGAUACUGGUCAAGAACAAGGUGGGACAAAUGAUUGGCAGGAAAUCAUCCGAGUAUCAGAGAUUCGGAGGUCACUGAGCGACUCUGGGAGGAAUGAAAGAUGAAGAAUGACACGAUGGGAUAAGCCUGUUAACAUGUGCUUGAUAAAACACAAACCAGACGGAGUUAACAUGUGCUUGAUAAAAGACAAAC